AUGCUGAUUUACCUGGGAUUUGGUCUUGCGGUCACUACAAUGUGUAUUGAUCUUGUUGGUAUUCACUAUAUACAAAAAAUUCAUUAUUUUGGCCGGAAAUUCUGUGGUACCGAUGUUUUCCAAUUAUUGAGAAGAAAACGCAUGAUUGAACGUCGUCUUGCUAUGGGUCAAGGUGAAGAACUCUUAAAAUUGUACAUUGAACAACUACAAGAUCGAAGGUACAUAACGUUCUUUGAUAGUAAUCUAGCACGUUAUUUAUAA